UAUCGUUAUGAGUGGGCGCCCAAGCUACUUCACAUCAAUCAGGUUCAUAUAUAUCGUACCUAGUAGUAUACCAGUAUAUUAGCUUGCUCAGGUAUAUUUUGAGGCCGCAGUCUUAUCAAUCUGUCAGGUGAUGGUAGGUGAUGAAGCUUACACCGCUCUUGAAACCUCAGAAAGUAGGCAGAAAAGGUAGGAGAGGCAAAUUAAUAGCAAGUAAAUAAAACAGUUGACGUGACUGACACCCUUUUAUCUGGUAGGCUACAUAAGUACAGAUGCAUGCAGCUUUCUAGAUGACCCAACAUGCCUUAACAUAAUUACCCAGAUACAUACAAGUGAAGAGGGAGAGAGGGAGAGAGGUUAGCUCCAUCACUGAACCCAAGUGAGCAGUCCAUUAUGGCUGGUUGGUUACCUGAAUAUGGACGUAGAUGUACUUGGAUAUGUGGCACGCAUACAUACUUGUAGUAAUGGAACAAAGAACUGAGCUGUCAUCGAGGUCAAGAUUUCCAGAAAGAGAUUGAGUGCAAAGCGGCUCCCGAUCGGCCCCACCUAAAUCCGUACAUGUACCUACCUACCUACUUCAUCAAUGUCAAAGUGAACCUCACAAUAAUCCCCAAGUCCACACAAGACCAGUCCCAGCUACAAAGGCGUCGAAGCUAUACAAUACAUACAUCAGACACACGUAACACCAAGCACUUCAUCAGAACAGCCUCAAAAAUGGCAACUCGACGCAUAAUCUCUUCUGAAAAGACCAUCCUCGACAAGGACGAUGAUGACCUACAGUCCAGCUCUCAACCUGGCGGACAAUCUAGCACUGCGCCGGCCGUGCCUAUGGACGUCAUCCUCAAGCUCCUAGCAUUCACUCUCGCCAUGAUAGUUAUUCCCAUCGGCUCCUACUUCGUGACAGUAAACACCAUCUUCCGCGGCAACUCGACCUACGCCGGCGCGCUAGCCGCCAUCCUCGCCAACGUGGUGCUAGUGGGCUACGUCGUGGUGGCCAUGAACGAGGACCAGAGCGACGUCCUCGAGGCCGAGAAGAAGCAGAAGUUGAAAGCGCGGCAAGGCAAAGCCGAGUAAAAAAAAAAAAAGCCACAAACCCAACCCAAAACAAAACUAAAUCAGUUCAGAAGUAAACCCGCAUCGAAUCAGGUCAAAUCGGAUCAAUUCAUACCAGUUCGCCU